UCGAGAAUCUCUAUCUCUCUCUCUCUCUCUCUCUCUCUCUCUCUCUCUCUCAUCAUCUCUACAUAUCACGAGCCUGAAUAGUCACAAUUCUCCGCUUCUCCUUCUUUUGCUCAAAACAAAACCAACCCCCACCACCAUCCUCUAAGUUUUCAAGUUCCAGGCAUGGAGGAGAAGAUGCAGAACAACUCUAAACCCUCCUCGGAGCAAGAUGCAGAAGCAGAGUCUAAGGACGUUCCAAACAUGGAGGAGAACAUGCAGAACAUCUCUAAACCCUCCUCAGGGCAAGAUGCAGAAGCAAAGUCUAAGGACAUUGGAAGCUUUCGUAACUCUCUUCAGGAACUGAGAGACCUGCGCUCUCAACUUCACUAUGCUGCAGACUACUGCGAAUCAACCUUCUUGAACACCAAAGAAAAGAAAGUAGUGAUGGAAAACACCAAAGAGUACAUAUGCAGAGCUGUGGUGACUGUUGUUGAUCAUCUCGGAUGCGUCUCCGCCAACCUUAACGGCAUCGUUUCCGAAACUAACGCAUUUUCGGAGGCUGAGAUUCGAAUUGAUUGCCUCAAACAAAGGAUGUUCUUAUGUGAACAAUACACCCACAAGUUUGCUCUGCCUAGAGUCCGAUGGAGGGAGAUUAUCCCGCGGCAUAAUGCACGUUUUUUAUCGGCAGCUACCAGAGAAGCUGAGAAACCCAAUGAAGAUUCGAGGGAUAUUCCUAGAAACCCAGCCUCUCAUAAAACCACUGACAAGCAAGAAUCUGACAGAGAUGUAGCAAUGCCGCUUUUCUUGUCCACAUCGUCUCACAAACCGUCUUUGUCCAAGGGCGAAAACAAUUCAGCUUUAGUGCCGGUUCAUGAUGGCCUCUCAAUCCUGUCUAGGGGUCCAAACCUUACCUUUCACUUCCAGUAUGUCUCUUCUUGUGUUGUCUUGCAGGAAUCUCGGAAGAUUAAUGGACGCCUCAAGAAAUCUGGGCACGGUAAUGACAUCUUGUCGCUCAUCAGACGAGCCAAAAGAAGAGUAUGAAAAAGAGAAGAAGCUAUUUUGUUCCGCAUUGUAGAUCUCAUCUCUUGCUAAUAGCAGUAGAUUAUCCCGAAGCUUCUUUGUUUCUUUCUUUUUCAGUGGUUAGGGAUGAUUGUUAUGGUUAUGCAAAUGAAAUUGCAUUUUACGUGGUGA